AAGUCGCAAGCUUGUCCAGGGAAGAAGAGAGGAGAUGACUGCCAACACUCUCCUCCUGCUCUUCAUUGUCUCUCUCACAAGCAGUAGGGCAGAGAAUGCAGAGGAGCGGCUGGUGAACUACCUGUUGGGUCCAGAGCGCUACAAUAAACUGAUCAGACCAGCUGUCAAUAAGAGCCAGCAGGUCACCAUCUCCAUACAGGUGUCUCUGUCUCAGCUUAUCAGCGUAAAUGAGAGAGAGCAGAUAAUGACGACCAACUUAUGGCUGUUUCAGGAAUGGAAUGACUACAGGCUGAGAUGGGACCCAGACAAGUAUGAAGGCAUCAAGAAACUACGAAUACCAUCCAAACACAUCUGGCUUCCUGAUAUAGUGCUGUACAACAAUGCUGAUGGUGUCUACGAGGUUUCCUUCUAUUGCAACGCCGUAGUCUCCAACACCGGGGACAUUUUUUGGCUCCCCCCGGCAAUCUACAAGUCGGCCUGUGCCAUCGAGGUGCAGAACUUCCCCUUCGACCAGCAGAACUGCACUCUCAAGUUCCGCUCCUGGACCUACGACCAUACAGAGGUGGACCUGAUCCUCACCAGCGACUUUGCCAGUCGCGAUGACUUCACGCCUAGCGGAGAGUGGGACAUCGUGUCACUCCCGGCACGCAAAAACGAGGACCCCAACGACAUCACCUACCUGGAUAUCACCUACGAUUUUGUGAUCAAGAGGAAGCCGCUCUUUUAUACCAUUAAUCUCAUCAUCCCUUGUGUGCUGAUCACGUCGCUGGCUAUCCUGGUUUUCUACCUGCCGUCAGACUGUGGGGAGAAGAUGACGCUGUGUAUCUCAGUGCUGCUGGCCCUCACUGUGUUCCUGCUGUUGAUAUCAAAGAUAGUGCCACCCACCUCCCUAGCAGUGCCACUCAUUGGUAAAUACUUGAUGUUCACCAUGGUGCUGGUCACUUUCUCUAUUGUAAGCACGGUCUGCGUUCUCAACAUGCACCACCGCUCCCCAUCCACCCACCACAUGCCCGACUGGGUCAAACGCCUCUUCUUAGUCCGACUGCCCACCUUCCUCCUCAUGAGGCGUCCAGGCUCUUCCAGUGUCCGCGAUAAACUCCGCCGGAAGUACGCCAACCGGAGCACCGUCGGGAAAAACAUUUCCCAGAGCUGCACAGAGAAGAAGCAGUACUCCAACAUCAGGCUCGGUGGGAUCCGAACAGACGCCGACUCCUUCUAUGUGAAUGAGGACUUGGCCCACAAGUUUUGCUGGAAGGUGGGCAACAUCCCGGACGGGGGUGGUGGAUUUUCAGACCUCCGGAGGCCUUUUGCUCCUCAGUGGGAUGCAGACCUGGAGGAAGCAGUGGAUGGAGUGAGGUACAUUGCUGAACAUAUGAAGACAGAAGACGAUGAUGAAGGGAUCAUAGAAGACUGGAAGUACGUGGCCAUGGUGAUAGAUCGUCUGUUCCUGUGGAUCUUCAUCCUGGUGUGUGUAGUGGGAACACUGGGGCUAUUCAUGCAGCCGCUGUUCCAAAGCUAUAACACACCUACGGCUGAUGACACUGAGUAUGGAGACUUCUAGGAUUUCUGUGGCAUGAAAACGGAAACAGUUGAACAAGCAUCUCUCAUAGGAACUUUAACUGAGAACCUACACCAGGUCUGGCUCUGAUCUGACUUUGCUCGCUGGACAUAACCAGCCUAAUCAAUGCAGCCGGCCGCAGUAGUUGUGUUUGCAGCAGUGGACCUCAAACAAAGACAUUCAUAUCGGAACACUUUUUUUUUUUUUUUUUUAACUGCAUGGCUUCUUUUUUUGCUGGACUAUGUCUCCAUUCAAGCUCCACCAUCAUCACAGGCCAGACAAUCUUGAUAUACUUUUUAAGCCAUUAACUUCUAUCGAGAUGACAUUAACAUCAAGCAAAGAUUAGGCCUGUGCAGAGUUUUUGUCACAACAUACAAGUUAAAGAGUAUUUCCCCCCGGCGUUAAUCUUUCACAGUGUACAGAACAAACCACAAACCACAAGACUGGUGAAAGAUACUUCUAAUUUCUUAUCCUGGAAGACCAUGAGGCCUGCUCUCCUCUGCAGUACUGUUGAUGUGAAAAAUGAAACUUUAGAGGACAUUAUACCAAAUGAUCACGUGGGUAAAGUACAAUGGACCAUAUUUUCUCUUUCUCUACACUUCUCAAACCAAGCUUUAUUGUAAAAAAGUGAGGAUAUUUUGUCCUAUCCACUUUUUCUCUUCAUAAAAAUAUUAAUGCACCAUCUCUCGCUCUCUCUGUCGUUCUCUUGUUCUGCUUCAGAGCUUUGUGCCUCAUCUCCACCAUCCAUCAGUGCAGUGUUGUAACCGUUAAUGCAUUAUCUUAUUUUGAAGACUGUGUGUUCUUCUCUUGCUUUCCCUCUCUGUCUUUCUCUCACUUGCACUUAUUUUCUCUCGUUUUUGUGCCAUCAAAUCACAAGGCCUGAAAACGUGUGCUAAAAUGAAAAAGGACAAAAAGGACGUAAAGAUGGAAAGAAGUCUUGAAAAGAUGGAUGAAAAUUAAAACAAAUUUUCAUCCAUCAACAGACUGACUCCUUAGUAGCAUAUAUAUAUAUAUACACACACACACACACACACUUUUUUUCCAUCACUAUUUGAAAGGAAAAGAUGAAUUCCGCCUCCAUGUAUGCCUCUCCGCUCAUUUUAGCCCUCACUUUUACAGUUGCCUUAAACCGUUGCUGAAGAUUAAGUAAGACAAACAUGAACUGUAGCAGCAAAAGGCUACAUAUUAACAAUGAAUUUUCCACUGACUGUACCCUGAUACAAUGUGUUGAAUAAA